AGAAGAAUGUUAGAUGUAAUGGAUGUUAACACUCAAAAGAAUUUUGAAAUGACUAUGAAAGAAUGGACUAAGUAUUAUGAAGAACCGGUGAAAGAUAAACUUUUAAAUGUGAUUUCACUUGAAUUCAGCCAUACAAAGCUAGAAAACUACAUUAAACGUCCAAAUAUUGUACGAGAGCUGGAUUGGGUUGAUUGUGUUUGGCCUAAACAUUUGAAAGAGAGCCAAACAGAAUCAACAAAUGUCAUAGAUGAUAUGAUGUAUCCAAAGGUUCAAAAGUAUUGUUUGAUGUCUGUUAAAGGCUGUUACACUGAUUUUCAUAUUGAUUUUGGUGGCACGUCCGUUUGGUAUCAUAUACUUAAAGGAAGCAAGGUUUUUUGGUUAAUACCACCAACUGAACAAAACAUAAAAUUGUAUGAACAAUGGAUACUAUCUGGUAAACAAGGUGACAUAUUUUUUGGAGAUACAGUCGAACAAUGUGGACGUGUAUCAUUGAAUGCUGGGGAUACAUUCUUCAUACCUACUGGUUGGAUUCACGCCGUUUAUACACCUAAAGACUCAUUAGUAUUUGGAGGCAACUUUUUGCACUCUUUUGGYAUUGAAAAACAGCUCCGUGUUGCAGAAGUAGAAGAAUCCACCAAGGUACCUCAAAAAUUCAGAUAUCCAUUUUUUACUGAAAUGCUGUGGUAUGUUCUGGAGCGUUAUGUUUAUUGUGAUUUGGGUAAAUCUCACCUUGCUGAAGGCGUUGAAACUUCACCUUCGCCAGAUGAGCAUAUACAUUUCACUAAACAGGAGCUUCAUGGAAUAAAAGCAAUUGUGAAAUAUCUGCAUAUUUUGCCACCAAAUAAAAAAAAUGUUCCUCCUCUAAUAAAAGAUGCUAUUGAGUUGAUAAGAAAUGUGGCCAUUGUGAUAAAUAAACAUAAGAAUGAUAUUCCUGAAUAUGCCAUUAGUGGAAAGCCGAUUCUUAAGAUUCAAGGAGAUAAAGAAAGGGAAAGAAGGUUUUAUAAGACAGCUGGUGAUAUGAACGCUAAAGUAAAAAUUUCACGAAAAACAGCUUCUGGCACAGGAGGGCCUAGAAGAAGGCGUACAAGAUGUAAAAAAUGUGAAGCUUGUAAACAAGCAGAUUGUGGAGAAUGUUCAUUCUGCAGAGACAUGGUAAAAUUUGGUGGGCCUGGUCGUGCUAAACAGACUUGUGUGAUGCGUCAAUGCUUGCAGCCGAUGUUACCAAUAACUGCAGCAUGUGGAAUUUGUUCAUUAGACGGCUGGGGUCAACAAAUUAUUAUUCCUAUACAGAAAGCAGCUAAAGAUACUCCUAGCCAACUUAUGGAGUGUAGUGUAUGCUUUGAAAUUGUACAUCCUGACUGCUUAUUAAAACAACCUAUUUAUACAAAUACUGGUACUUAUAAUGAAGAUCUACCUAAUAGUUGGGAAUGUCCCAAAUGUUGUAAAGAAGGGAAGGAAAGCAAGCCCCGCCAUUUUCGUGCAAGACAAAAAUCAUCUGAUAUCCGUAGAACUUCUGUCAGUAGCAACGACACUAAUCCACAAAAACGUUUUAAAGACGAGGAAGAAUACAGUGAUACAAAUUCUGAAAGUGAUGUAGACAAUGUUUCUAAUAAAAGACUGAAAAUUGAGAAAAAAGAAAACUUAUCUACGGAAAGAUUGCCAUCAACGCCGGCCGAGAUGAACGUGAUGGAAGCUAACCUAACCGUCAAAGGAUCUUCGCCGGCCGCAGCGGAGGCGGUGAUCAAGAUGGAGGCAGCCGAACGGCCUUUCGAGUCGGCCAACACGGUGGCCGAUUCCGGCGUGAUCGUCAAGCGGGAAAAGCUGUCACCCAUACGCAUAUCCGAGUACAUACCGGAAACGAAGGCGACUCCGGAACAGCCGACGACCGGCGGUCCGGUGUCCGGCAGCGUCAAGAUCGAGGAAGAGAUCCGGACCAACGAGCCGAUCGCCAACAACGUGGACGUGCCGAUCGACGAGAUACUGUCCAACUCGAAAAAAAGCAACCACCUGCCCAAGUACGUGAUCCGACCGGUGCCGAAGUUGGACACGGAAGAGACGGACAAGGAUCCUCGGAGGCGGUGUUCYACGCUGGUCCACGUGUUCAAGUUCCUGUCGGCCGAAGACCUGAAACGCUGUUCGCUGGUGUGCAAAGACUGGUACACGGCCACCAUCAGCCCGGCACUCUGGAACCGCAUGGAUCUCACCGAGACCGUUAUCACUCCGAAACUGAUCAAGUACGUCAUGGUCAGACAACCAAAAGUGCUGAUUUUGGAUUGGUGCAAGAUCACCAAAGAACAACUCUCGUGGUUGCUUGUUCGACUGCCGCAGAGCAAGGCGCUGUCGCUGCAGGGCUGCCCUUGGUCAACAGUUUCGUGCCUCCGGUCGUGCGUGUGCCCGAUGCUGACGUCGCUGAACCUGAGCUUCGUGCCCACCAUGGACGACGCGGCCCUGCAGCACAUCCUGUCGCCGCCGCUGGACCACCGACCCGGGCUGCUCGACUUGGCCUGUCGGCUGUCCAAUCUCAAGUCGCUGAAGCUGGCCGGCAGCCACAUCACCGACGAGGGCAUACAGAUCAUCGUGCGGGUGUUGCCCAAGCUGUCCAUGCUCGAUCUGUCGCAGUGCUACCCGAUCACCGACAAUGGUGUGGAGUCGUUGACCCAGAUAAGCGGGCUGUCCACGUUACAGCUGUCCGGCUGCACGGGCAUCAGCGAACAGUCGCUGAAGAUACUCGGCAAGUGCAAGAGCCUCACGUACCUGGACCUCAGGCACACGAAGCUCACCAAGUCGUCCAUCAACAAGUUYGUGUCCAAYCGGGAAGGGUUCAAGGCCUUCGACUCGAAACUCAUCGUAAAGGUCGACAAGUCCUGAUACAGGCUUGACGCUCCCGAACAUUUGGUCUUCGGAUUCUAACCGCAUAUCAUAAUUUCGGCGGCGGCGCGCAGCGGUGCAUGUACAUAUUGAUAAUGGUGUAUAUAGUGUAUACACUUAUUUAUUAUAUUAUAUUAUUAUGUAAAGAAAUAAGUUAUUUUAUAAACAGUGUUACGCAUACAGUAUUAGUAAGAGGAAAAAAAUUGUAUACUUUUUUUUCACACACAUAAGCCUGUGUUUGUAUUUUUAAGACRAGAGGAUUAUAUUAUUAUGUUUUAUUGACGCAGCUCAAUUGAUGAUGGUUACAUCGUGUGGUUGCUGUAUAUAGUAAGAGUAUUAACGACAAGUCGUCCACGCCAACAUAAAUGUUUCCAGGAUUUUUUCUUUUUUGUUUUUUAAAAUAAAGUAGUGUUGAUAAAAUAUUAAAAACUCACAAUGUUUUCACGCUUGUAAGUCAUUGUACCUUACAUAUUAUAUUAUGUUAUAUUUAUACUUUUUAGUAUUUAAUAUUGUUCUAUUACACAUGAUUUAUCAUACUUCUAGUCUAAGCAAUACUAACUAUUAUUAUUUAUUGUAUAGUUUACGAGUAUGCAAGUUGGAUACCUAU